CAAUUAUGAAGACACCAAAGGAAGCAAAGAUACCAAAAGAAAUGAAGAUACUAAAGGGAACGAAGAUACCAAAGGGAAUUACGUCAAAGAAAACAAAGAUACUGAAGAAAACGAAGAUACUGAAGGGAAUAAAAACACUGAAGAGAACAAAGACACCGAAGAAAACAAAGAUAUCGAAGAAAAU